AUAAAUAAAUAAAUAAAAAACACUCUCUCCCUCAAAAACCCAAAACCCUAUAGAGAAUCUCAGCCAUGGCGGACCAAGAGUUCGAUCCCUCGGACCCUUCGUGCCUUCACCUGGUCUCAGCUUUCCUCGCCAUGGAUUCCACCGAAUCCUUAAUCUCCUUGUCCCGGGUAUGCGGUGGAGGGUCGGUUAGUGAGGGAGUACAGAGGUUCAUUUGGGACCAUUGCUUAAGCAAAGCUGCUGAAAACUUUCAUGCUCCAUACUUGAAGAAUUUCCUGAAGAAGCUUAUUGCUGAAAUAGAGCUGAACCAUGAUCUUGUUUUGGAUGAAUUAUACGAACAAUAUGCUUAUUACAUGACAUCAUUGAAGGAUGAUAAUGUGGUCAAAGGAAGAAUCUGCAAAUGCAUUUCAUUUCUUUUUCCUGCUGGUUCUUCUCAAUUACCAAGUUGUCCUAACUCAGGGAAACUGGUGGUCCCACUACGGUGUUCUCUCAACAUGCUUGACGGAGAUACUGGUUGUGCACUUUGGCCCUCAAGUCUUUUCUUAUCAGAGUUCAUACUUUCUUUUCCAGGAUUAUUCUCGAAUAAAUCUUGCUUUGAGGUCGGUUCAGGUGUUGGUUUGGUUGGCAUUUGUCUUGCCCAUGUGGAAGCCUCCAAGGUUGCACUAAGUGAUGGUGACCUGUCAACUCUGAUGAACAUGAAGCUUAAUUUGGAGUCGAACAAUUUCAGCAUUGAAACCAAUAGACAAGAAAGAACUGAAGAUUCAAAUACUAUAAAAUGCAUUCAUCUGCCUUGGGAAUCUGCAUCAGAAAAUGAGCUCCAAGACUUCAUGCCAGAUGUUAUUUUGGGCGCAGAUGUAAUAUAUGAUCCAGCAUGCCUCCCAUAUCUUGUUCGACUACUCGCCAUUCUUUUGAACAAGAAGAUACCAUCAUCUACAAAGCAGAAUGACAGUUGCCAGGGUUCUUUGUUGGAUGGUAAAAGUAUGGAUGGUAAAUUUAAUGGUUCUCUUCAAGGGAAUGCUAAUGCUAAUGAUAAUGGCAAUGGAUUUGAUGCUAAUGGAGGCAAAAUAAUAUGUAAUGGCACUUCAAAUACUGGGUCAAGGAAAGGUCCCGUGGCUUAUAUUGCUUCUGUUAUUCGCAAUAUUGACACAUUCAAUCAUUUUCUCUCUUUGGUGGACCAGGCAAACAUCACCAUUACAGACCUCACUGAAACACACAAACCACUCAAUCUGCUCCCUUACAUGCAGUCAUAUGAUAGAUCCAAUGUGCGGCUAUUUGUUCUCUCAUGCAAAUAACUUUGUAAAGAGAUGGAGGAGGUGGAGGUGAUUCACUCAUGGUCUGCUCCAAGAUCACUCAGUACCUGCCUCAUGUACUCUUUUGCCCAGAGAGAUGACAUGGAAGUGCUUGAUGAACCACUCUAUGCAUUUUUCCUACGGACUACAGGCAUUGAUAGGCCGUACAAGGAAGAGCUACUCUCCAAAAUGGAAUCUGAUGGAAAUAAGAUCGUUAAAGAGGUCAUUUUUGGCCCAGGAAGAAAGAAGUACCGGUUUUGUAAGCAUAUUGCAAAAGAACGGCUCUAUGGUCUGCCGAAUGAUUUAAUGAAGAAAGGAAAGCACUUUAUAUUGAUUCGAAAUCCCAUUGAUAUUUUGCCAUCGUUUGACAAGGUUGUGUCUCCGACGUUUCUUGAGUUAGGUUUGGCAGACCUAGUCUCCAUAUACAAUGAGCUCCGUGAGUUGGGAAGGGCCCCAACAGUCAUUGAUGCAGCAGAUCUUAAGCGUGAUCCUGAGGCUACUUUGCGUGGUCUUUGUGAUGACUUGGAAAUUCCCUUUCAAGAUGCAAUGCUCAAAUGGGAAGCUGGUCCAAAACCAGUUGAUGGCAUUUGGGCCCCAUGGUGGUAUAAAAGUGUACAUAAAUCGACAGGAUUUCAACAAUCAAAAAAGUAUCCUGUGUCAUUUCCUUUUUCUCUCUAUGAAUUGCUGGAGCAAAGUCUGCCUUUGUACAACUCGCUUAGGCGCCACGUGAAGCAGACUUCAUCCCUUAUAAAGUCCUCUUUACCUCCUCCUGAUCUUCCAGUUCCUGCAAAUGAGAAGCUGCUUGCAUGGGUUGGUGAUGAGAUUUUACCCCGUGAGAGUGCAAAGGUUUCUGUGUUUGACUCUGUUGUCCAAGGUGGUGAUUCUGUUUGGGAGGGUCUUCGAGUUUACAGUGGGAAGAUAUUUAAGCUUGAUGAGCAUUUAGACAGGUUGUUUGACUCAGCAAAGGCUUUGGCUUUCAUCAAUGUUCCAACUCAGGAAGAGGUCAAAGAAGCCAUCUUCAAUACUCUCAUUAGGAAUGGAAUGUUUGAUAAUGCACACAUCCGACUAUCUUUGACACGUGGCAAGAAGGUUACUUCGGGCAUGAGUCCAGCAUUCAAUCUUUAUGGAUGCACCUUGAUUGUGCUACCUGAAUGGAAGCCCCCUGUCUAUGAUAAUACGCAUGGUAUAACUCUGGUGACUGCUACCACACGUCGUAAUUCACCAAAUAAUUUGGAUUCAAAGAUUCACCACAAUAACCUCCUCAACAACAUACUUGCAAAGAUAGAGGGUAAUAAUGCCAAUGCUGAUGAUGCCAUCAUGCUUGACAAGGAUGGUUAUGUAUCAGAAACAAAUGCUACAAAUAUUUUUUUAGUGAAGAAAGGUCAUAUUCUGACACCUCAUGCUGAUUAUUGUCUUCCUGGCAUAACUCGAGCAACUGUCAUGGACCUUGUGGUAAAGGAACAGUUGGUCCUAGUGGAACGAAGAAUCAGCUUAUCAGAAUUCCACACUGCAGAUGAGGUAUGGACGACAGGGACAAUGGGAGAACUCACACCAGUGGUGAAGAUAGAUGGACGCAUAAUUGGCACUGGACAAGUUGGGCCUAUCACUCUAAGAGUGCAAAAUGCUUACAAAAAACUGACCGAAGAGUCAGGAGUGCCCAUACCAACUUAUCAUAGGACUUGAUUACCAUGUUACCAGCAGAUUCUCUUUGUUUGUGCAUGCGAAUAUAAAAUGAAGUGUGGGACUCCUGGCCUAAAGUUAAAACAACCUGGAAGUUACUACCAGAGAUCUGAACAAAGAUUUGAGUAUCAAUCAAUUUGAAUUUUGGUAUUAACAGGUGCCGUAUAAUUAAUCUUUCAACUAAAUAAUUGGGGAUCCUAGCAUCUAGUCCGCAAUGAAUAAAAUUCUUGUAUCAUUGUGUAUAUAUCAUGUUUGUUUGUACUGCCUAUUACCAAAUGCAUAGCAAUAGUAUGCAGCAACAACAUUAAAUUUAUUUAAGCUAAACUACAUUUUUAAUUGCUGUAA